AAGCGUGGCCGUGUCGGUGUGCGUAACGUCCCGUGCACGCUGUUUCGUUCUCUCGAACGGUUGCGCGCGCGCGCGCGCGCGCUCGCGCGUGUGCCUGUGGUUUAUGGUGUGUGUAGCACGUACGCGAGAUCCGUCGUCCGUGUUGGAAAUUGAAAGAGGACAGACGGACGGUGAACGAGGCGAGGAAGAAUGAGAAAAAGUGUGCAGCGGCACGGGGUGUAGAUCGACGAGCACGACGACGUAACGGAGGGAAGAGGAGACGAAAGAGCGAGCGAGUGAGCGAGGCGACGUUGCCAGAGUUUUCCUUCUCGCGUUCCCUACCGUACAGCACGUCCCUUCGGUGGCUGGUACACGGGAGAGACUGAAACGGAGUGUGUAAUGUGACCCACGGAGCGAGAGAGAUAAGGGGAAAUUUUUGGUUUGGAAACAGAGACAUUGAGCGAGCAAGGAUAAUCGGAGCAGCGUGAGUCGCGCGAAAACGGAGUUAGGGAAUCAUUUUUUACGUACGAUCGAACGAUUCGUCGAUUUCGAUCGUGUACCCGUGCCCUUCGGACGCGAUUCGUGUCUGCCAUGAGACGACCCCCGAUGACGUACGAGCGGGACACGUGACACGUCGAGUUAGGCCGAUCGACAAGCCAUGAAGAAGCCACGCGUGGAGCGGGACCGGCUUCGGCAGCGGGAACGACAGGCCCGCGCGGCGAUGUCGGUCCAGGCCGAACAGGCGGCUGCAGGAGGUGGUCCUGACACCAGACACCAUCACCAUGGCCACCACAACCACGCUCACCAUCAUGCUAAUCCGCACGCCAUCGCUGCGCCGCUGUUCCGCGCUCCCGUCAGGGUCAACCCGGACGCCCAGGACAGCACGACGCAGCAGAUCCAAUCGAAGCUGGGCAACUAUUCGCUGGUGAAGCAUCUCCUGGACGAGCCGAAGCGGCUGAUCGGGAUCGAGGGUGUUCCACCCAGCCCGGCCCCUUCGUCGGCGACCUCGUCCCUACGAACGAGCUCCGCGUUGGUCGUCUCGAAUUCCAGGAGCUCGCCGUCCUCCCAAGAAUUCAAGAAACCCGGAGGGCCAAGGACCAGCUCGUCCUCGUCGUCGAGCCAUCAGCGUGGCGGUUUCGUGAAGCCUGCGGAUGGUAAACCGCCGUACGGAGGCAGGGGCGGUUAUCCGGGGCAGCCGGUCAAACACGGGGGCAACAGCAACGAUCAUCGUAGCCACGGUUUAUUGCCCGCCAAGGGACCGCCCCCGAACUCGCCCGGGAACGGGACGCUAGGCGGCGGCACUUCGAUCAUCGCGACUGCCGCCGGCAGCAGGCUUCACUCCGCCGGCAUCAGACUGUCCAGGUUACCUCUCGAUAACGGGACAAACACGAGGCCCGACCCCACCGAGAAUUCAGCGGAUCUGGAGAACAUUUUGAAGGAAAUGACCAUACCGCCCACGCCUCUGACGGCCAUCGCCCAGACGCCGCGGAAGGAGCUCGAGUCGAAGUUCACGUUCAAUUCCGUGCUGGCGAAGUUGACCGAGGUGCCGCCACCGGAACUAACGAAGCCUCAACGCGAGAGGCACAACGCCAACGGGCUGUCCGCUGAUUUAGAGAGGGACCUGAGCUUGUCCGAGGACAGCGAGGAUGAAGCGGGCAAGGGAACGCCGUCGCAGACGACGAGGGGUAACAGAACCCCUGACCAUACGGUCGAUCUGUCGACGCCUUUGAUGACGCCGGCGCCUCCGCCCCUGGCGCCCAUGUCGCCCAUGGGACCGUUUUCCCCGAGGCCUCUCAGACCGAGCAGACCGUCGACACCGCCAAAGCAGAUGACACCUGAACAAGUGUUGCCGCCCUCGCCGGUGAUCCCUUUGCAGUCAAAGGGUUCGCUGAGCCCUGCGAUUCACCAGAGGCCGCCGAGCCCACCGGGCCAGGCGCCGCAGAGUUCGGGAAGCGCGAGCUCCAGCUCUGAUUCCGGCUCCGAUUCCGGGUCGGACAGCAGCGACGAUUCCGAGGAUGAGACCAGCACUCAGCCGGGCAAGGGUCCCUCGACCCCUCCAUCCGUGUUACGGAAGACCGACAAUGUGAUCGAGGAAUCAGCUCCCGCGAUAGAGGAGUCGAAACCCAGGUGGAACCUUAGCUCUUUCUUCAACAAGCCGGCUGUGCCUCAUGGGGAGCAAAAUACGGAAACCAAGCAGACGCAGGAUUGCAACAGGCGAGAGAGCUCCCCGGCCUUCAAAGCUGACGCGAGGACGCACUGGGAGAAGCCCGGUCACGACAGGAAGCUAGACGAGGCCUUGAAGAGGACGCACACCGACUCGUUGAUAACUAAACUCAGCGACAGCGAUCAUCACUCGGACCAAGAGAAGAUUCAACCUGUCGAGGAAAUUCGUGCGCCCACGGAGAAACCAAAGGUGGCCGACGCAAGGAAACGAGGACGACCCAGAAAACCGACGAAGAGCCCGAAGGCUAGCCACCGUACGUCCGAGGAGAGUAUCAAGAAUGGGAAACCUCGCAGCAGAACGAGAGGUGUGGGCAGCCCGAUGAAGAAGAAGCAACCGAUCUCGAAGCCUACCAUCGCUACCAGCGACGAUGGCAGCGACGACAGAUCCCCCCAGGGUGCUUCCAGCGAUUCCGAUAGCGAUCGACCGGUCAGAGUGUCGCCCGUGGUCGCCCCGGUGAACGAGAAGAGACGGUCGCGUCUGAGCGGUUCUUCCAGCGAGGAAGAGACCACGCCGACCAGGAAGAAUAAUAGUGCCUCCGAUGACGAUACCUCGCGCUGGAGGAGGGUCUCCAUUAAGAGGAACAAACUCGCGGACUCGCCGAAGAAACAGGAGAAGAAGAAGAGCCCGACUAAAGCGAAAUCGAGGAGAUCCAGUUCACGUGUAACCGCCGCUGGCUCGGAUUCGGAUAGCGAGUCCGAGGUGUCGGUGAGGAACAGUCAUAUCCAAGUCGCCAGGGUACCCCCCAGACCAAGAUUGCCGCAAACGAGGACAACAUCCCCAGAGAACUCGGACAGCGACAACAGUCCAGGUCCGAAGCUACAAGAAGAAGACGCAGGCAAUGUGCAGGACAAGAAGAAGAGCGACACGCUCCGGAGGGUUUUCUCCACCUCGGUGGGCGGUGGAAAGGGUGGCGGAAAGGGCGGAAAGGGUGGAAAAGGCGGUGGAAAAUGUGGUAUCUACGUGGAGGAGUACACCACCUCGGCGAACACACCGACCGGGGGCGAGAGUCCGUACAAAAGGCCGUCGUCGCAGGCCUCCAGCGUCAUUCAAUCGUUCCCGCCGCUCACGUACGUGAACGGUGUGCCGAGUUUAUUCUGCAGGAUCGAUCUGAGUCGGAUCUCGCAUAUAUCGCAGCUCUCCAGGGGGCAAGAGUUCAGGGAACGCACCGAGCUACCGGACACCAGGCCGUCCACGAAGCAGGCGGCGUCGUUGGCCGCUCAACCACCGCGACCACCCACGCCAGAAGAAGGCGAGAUAGUCGACACACCGCCGCCCCAACAGUUGUCCACGGACACGCGGAUCCACGGUGACGUGAUCGUCGACGGUGAUCAUAAAAACCGCGCUGUAAUCAAAUGCGAACCGAUAUCGGACUCGAAGAGCGGCAUCCUCGGUGUCGUUGGUGCUGGUGCUAGUGCAAGUGGUAGUGGUGCUAGUGGCGCGGGUAGCGCGCCCAAGAGGAAACGUAAUCCGAGUUGUAGUUCUGUGUCCAGUUUGAGUACUGUGUGUGCCACGGAGUCAAAGGCGAAAGGCUCCAGCGAGCACAAAGAGAAGAAGAAAAAGAAGAGGAAACACGCUGACGUCGAGGCUCUUGUGUCUAGGCCGUCUUCUAGUCAGCAAAGUGGUAUACAGCCAACGAACCACGAACGGGAAGAAAAGCCUGACACGAGUCUCUUGCCGCCACCACCCCCGCCUCAGCGCGUCUAUUAUUCCUACUUCAAUCCUCAGAACGAAGUUUUGGAGGAUCAGGAUAGGUGGGACCAGAAUCAGUACCUGAUGGAAGCGAAACGGCUGAAGCACAGCGCAGACAAGGAGUGCGAGCUCACAGCGCAGGGUAUGCUAUACUUGGAAGCCGUUCUCUGUUUCCUGCUCACUGGCCACGCCAUGGAGUCAGAUCCUCUCACUGAGAGGGCGUCGUUCACCAUGUACAAGGAUACUCUCAGUCUCAUCAACGAUCUCCGAUUCUUUCCCCCUGCAAGGUACAUCUCGUCGAAGUUCAAGAGCCAGCAGAACAACUCGCCGGAGAGCAGUAUACAUAACAAGCUGGCCAUUCUAAGCCUCUUUUGCCAGUCCCUCAUCUACUUGAAGCUCUUCAAAAUGCGUAAACACGAAGUCAAGGAGACCCAAAAGAUCCUCACAGACUAUCAUCAAAAGCCCGCUCAGGCAACGCCGGUGCAACCAGAGGGACAAGGAACCCCGUCUUUGUCACCGACACCAUCGCCAGCUGGUUCCGUGGGUUCUGUAGGCAGCCAAAGUUCCGGAUACAGUAGCGGCGAACUAGCGAACCGAGGAGCCGCUUCCGGUCAGCCACAGGCAGCUCCUUACGUCAGCGUUCCACUUGGCGUUCAUAGCGCUAUGGCAAAGCAAAAUUACCAGUUCAGCUUGCUAUUGAGCUGUCACGACCUCUGGGACCAGGCGAACGCUCUGGUGACGGAUAAGCAUAGAGAAUUCUUCAUCGAGCUUGAUGAAAAAUUGGGACCCCUCACCCUAAAAAGUACAUUGCCCGAUUUGGUGCGCUACGUUACAGCUGGCUUAAAGAAGCUUCGAGAUCUCUGACCACAGUGGCAUAGCCCCCGACCACCCACCCCUAAUUACAUCACUUCUCUCCCGCAGAACAUGGCGACGUAUCCGGCGAUGUUUAUAUAGAAAGAUUUCGCGAGGGUGUUCGCUCGCGUGGCUUUUGGGUUCACCGGUUACGAGUGCGCCAGUGUUUGCAAUGGUGCGUUAGAGAAAUUACUCGAUGGAGAGAAGUUGAGUCGAUUCUUAGCAAACGUAUGGACUUGUCCUCGUUGGGACGUACAGAAGGAAAUUCGGUGGUCAGGGGGAGGGGAGUAUACGGUCACGAGGAGAUCGUCGAUUUCCCACUUACU